ACAGAAGAGUUGUUCAGUUGUUCAACUGCCCCGAGUUGGAUCGAGUUAGCGAUUCGCUGCUGAUUUCCUUAUUGUUAAAUAAAUAAGGUUCAAAUCAGAUCGGUUGACUUUAUUUUAUUGCGGAAUGCGAAGACGUAUUUGAAUUAGUUAGAUUCAAAGUAAAUCUUAUGUCGUACUGUUAGAUAUAGAACUUCUAUCAUACAAGAAGAAUUGUCAAUUUAGUUGAUGUCGGUUGGAUUCUACUUUGAAUGUCUAGGUCCUGAGUGAGAGUUAAUUGGUGAAUGGACUUCGAAACUUCGAAAUAUUGGUUGAAACAAUAAGUUUAUCUGCAAAGUCACUGUAUAGUGUACACUGAUUAUUAUGGGUCGCCUACCCACUGAUUGGUUAGGAUGUCCAAAAAUUGGGGAGGGUUUGAUACAAGGGUUGUUCUUAACAUUUAAAACCCCACUCAGCGCUGAUCUGAAUUCCUCUGUGGAAAAAGAUCUACGAUUUCGUCUUGACGAUGUUUUCUCCGAGGUGGAACGGUUGCAGAAAGAUAAAAUUUUGUGGAUUGAUCUGACAAACACUGAAAGGUACUAUCGUCGCGCAGAGGUGGAAAACAGGAAAGGAUUCUCAUACGUCAAAAUGCCCAUGCUUGGUCAUGGCGUCCCUCCUUCAGAGGCUGAGAGGAAUGGUUUCAAUCAAACGGUUGAUAAAUUUAUUGAAGAAAACCCACAAGGAUUAAUCGCUGUUCACUGCACUCAUGGGUUUAAUCGAACAGGGUAUUUAAUUACUAAUUACCUCAUGACUCGCAAAGGAAUUAGUGCACAGGAAGCUGUGACAGAGUUCAGUAUAAAACGACCACCCGGUAUCUACAGAAAAAGUUAUGUUGAGCAUUUGUAUCAAUUGGGGGGACAACAAGUAUGUUCCGUUACGAAAUCAAUUCCUGAUGUCGAAACUCCACCAUGGGUCACUGGUGGUAAUACGAAUAAUAAUAAACGGGGAGGCGCACCCCGACGGGGGAUGAAUGGAAAUAAGAGCAGAUGGGAUCACAAUCACAACAAUAGAUCUGGAACUUCGAAUUCAUUUUACUUCGGCGGUAACCACCCUUCGGCAUUGCCCAAUUUAGGAGUUGGACUACCUCAAUAUCCACCAAAUAGAAAUCGAAAUAAUAACAUUGGUUUUGCAGAGGACCAUCACGUCCCAAAUUUUGAUUCCACGAGAAAUCAAUUUGACCAACUUUGCCACUACAACAACAAUAAUUAUAAUUAUAAUCCAUUGAAUUUGAGAGGUCAUAGUAUACGAAAUAGUGGGGCUGGUUCGUUAUCUUUCCGUCCUCCCAGAUAUGAGAAGCAAUUCCAACCAUACAACAACCACAGAAUGCCUAGAUUCAAUCAUGCAAACUACGACCAAUACGCUACAGGUCAGCGUCAGAGUGGAUUUCAACCAUAUACACAUUCAUCCGGUGGGAAUAGAAAAAGAACACACGAUGGACAACAUUAUAAUCAUAAUCGAGCAUCAUCAUCGCCAUUUUCGGAUGCCAGCAAAGAUUCGAAUUGGAGGCGACAACCAAACAAUUCCGAAAGUGAUCGUAAUUCGCAUACAAAUUAAAUUAACUGGUACCAACUAUUGGUCAUUAUGGAAUAAAUGAUCGCAGGAUAUUUUCGCGCGAAAAUCACGUGCCCACUUGAUUACAUUGGGAGCGGGGUGAAAUUCAAUUUAAACCUGCGAUCAUUUAUUCCUUACUGCCCAAUAGCUAACUAUCAGCUAGAACUAUGCAUGCAUGAAUGACCAACUCAAUUAUACUUACAGCAAAAUAAGGUUAAGUCAAUGAAACAAUUAAUAAAAACAAUGAGAUUUAUUUUAACAAUGA